AUUAACAAACCGGUUACCGGGGCCGCUCGUCAGCGUCAACUUUUAGGAAAUGGGUUUCAGCUUGAGAGGUGUGAACCGGAGCCAGGACGGCCCCCACGGCGCGUGGUAGUAGAGCGAGCUCAAAAGGCGCGUGGUCUGCGCUACGACCGCCUCCGUUCAAUUCGCACUGCCCCUCUUUGAGCACAGUUCUGUUCGGCGCGUGCUGCUGCUCGGUCGGUUGUCUCUGCAGGAGCCGCGAGUCUGUUUUACGUGUGCGGUUUGCGCGUGAACCGACCGAAUCAAAGCCGAAGCAGGCCGGCGCGAGCCAGCAAGGCAGAUCGGCAGCUCGCGAGCGCUCAGCUAGCAACCGCACGUUACGCUGCGAGAGAUGGUUACGUCCGCUCCGGGGAUCCUUCUGCUGCCCAUGCUAAUAUGUCUCCAGCACUGCAUUCACGUCCACGGUACGAAGACGGAAUGUGAGGCCAGCCAGUUUCAGUGUGGAAACGGUCGCUGCAUCCCGUCCGUCUGGCAGUGUGACGGAGACGAGGACUGCACCGAUGGCAGUGACGAGAACUCCUGUGUUAGAAAGACUUGUGUGGAGAUUGACUUUGUGUGUCGCAACGGCCAAUGUGUCCCGAAACGAUGGCACUGUGAUGGGGAGCCAGACUGCGAGGAUGGGUCCGACGAGAGCGUAGAAAUCUGCCACAUGAGGACGUGUCGUGUGAACGAGUUUAGCUGCGGAGCGGGCUCCACUCAGUGUAUCCCCAACUUCUGGAAAUGUGAUGGUGAGAAGGACUGUGACAACGGCGAGGACGAGGUCAACUGUGGCAACAUCACCUGUGCUCCAAAUGAGUUCACGUGCGCCAGCGGCCGCUGCAUCUCCCGCAACUUUGUGUGUAACGGCGAGGACGACUGUGGCGACGGCUCUGAUGAGGUGGAGUGUGCGCCGUCCUCCUGCGGUCCCAGUGAGUUCCAGUGUGGAAACUCAUCGUGCAUCCCCGCCAGCUGGGUGUGUGACGACGACGUUGACUGCCAGGAUCAGUCGGAUGAAUCUCCGUCUCGUUGCGGCCGUCACCCGACGCCGCCAGCCAAGUGUUCAUCCAGUGAGAUGCAGUGCCACUCAGGAGAGUGUAUUCACAAGAAGUGGAGGUGUGAUGGAGACCCCGACUGCAAGGACAGCAGCGACGAAGCAAACUGUCCUGUACGCACUUGUGGACCGGAUCAGUUCAAAUGUGAUGACGGAAACUGUAUCCUGGGCAGCAGGCAGUGUAACGGCCUCAGAGACUGCGCCGAUGGAUCAGACGAAGUCAGCUGCAAAAACAUGACUCAGUGUAUCGGACCAGAGAAGUUCAAGUGUCGCAGCGGGGAGUGUAUCGAGAUGAGCAAAGUGUGCAACAAGGCCCGAGACUGUCCUGACUGGAGCGACGAACCCAUCAAGGAAUGCAAUCUAAACGAGUGUCUCCUGAACAACGGCGGCUGCUCUCACAUCUGCAAAGACAUGGUGAUCAGCUUUGAGUGUGACUGCACACCCGGACUUCAGCUCAUAGACUACAAGACCUGUGGAGACAUUAAUGAGUGUCUGAAUCCCGGCAUUUGCAGUCAGAUCUGUAUCAACCUGAAGGGCGGAUACAAGUGCGAAUGCCACAACGGCUACCAGAUGGAUCCGACCACCGGAGUCUGCAAGGCUGUCGGUAAGGAGCCCUGCCUGAUCUUUACUAACCGACGUGACAUCCGUCGUCUGGGUCUGGAGAGGAAGGAGUACACGCAGAUUGUGGAGCAACAGAGGAACACGGUGGCUCUGGAUGCAGACUUUAAUCGGCAUAUGCUCUUCUGGGCUGACCUGGGCCAGAAGGCCAUGUAUAGCACUGUGCUGGACAAACGAGGAGACGUCGGCAUCCACAAGAAAGUGAUCGACAACGUCCAGACUCCCGUUGGAAUCGCCGUGGACUGGAUCUAUAAAAACUUGUACUGGUCUGAUCUCGGCACCAAAACCAUUUCUGUAGCCAACUUCAACGGAACCAAGCAGAAAGUGCUCUUCAACAAAGGCCUCAAAGAACCGGCAUCCAUCGCUGUGGAUCCGCUGUCUGGGUUUCUGUACUGGUCCGACUGGGGCCAACCAGCCAAGAUUGAAAAAUCUGGUAUGAACGGAGUGGACAGACAGGUUUUGGUGGCGACGGACAUCCAGUGGCCUAAUGGCAUCACCUUGGAUCUGAUCAAAGGCAGGUUGUACUGGGUUGACUCGAAGCUUCAUAUGCUCUGCAGCGUUGACCUGAAUGGAGACAACAGGAAGAAAGUACUCCAGUCUUCGGAAUACCUGGCUCAUCCCUUUGCUCUCACUGUAUUCGAGGAUCGAGUCUUCUGGACAGAUGGAGAAAAUAAAGCCAUCUACGGAGCAAACAAGUUCACGGGCUCCGACGUGGUGACGCUGGCCAGCAACCUGAAUGACCCCCAGGACAUCAUCGUGUACCACGAGCUGAUCCAGCUGUCUGGCACUAACUGGUGUGUAGAGAAAGCUGAAAACGGAGGCUGUAGCUACAUGUGUCUGCCUGCACCGCAAAUCAACAAACACUCCCCCAGAUACACCUGUGUGUGUCCAGAGGGACAGGAGCUGGCUGCUGACGGCCAUCGCUGCAAACCUGAACAUUCUACCAAAGGUCCCUCAAAGGAUGAUGGGAAAGCUUCGGUACAGCCACCACCAGAGGCAAACGUGAGCACGUCGAUCCAGGUCAACUCCACAGCCAGAGGGUCUGCUGCUGCCUGGGCCAUCCUACCAGUCUUGCUGCUGGUGAUGGCUGCGGGUGGCGGCUACCUGAUGUGGCGAAACUGGCAGCUAAAGAACCAGAAGAGCAUGAACUUUGACAACCCCGUCUACCUGAAGACCACAGAAGAAGACCUCAACAUCGACAUCACCCGGCACGGCGCCAACGUAGGGCACACCUACCCUGCGAUUUCGAUAGUGAGCACAGAAGACGAUUUAUCAUGAUCGUUUUGGAGUUUGGGCCUUUUCUUUUACGGCAACCGUAGUGUUGCAUGGUGCCGCCUCGUUCCCAUGCCGACGGUUGUCCGUAGAAGCAGCCCUUGCAGUCCGACCACAUGCCUUCUGAAGUGCAUUAUGUCAUUAUCUGUGGAGAGGAUGACUUGAGGAAAUGUUAUUUAUUUAUGUGAAUAUUACAAUGAAUUGUGUGUCCAUAACUGCUUUCACUCCAGUGUUCAGGUUUAGUUUAUUUUUUGUGGUUUUGUCUUAUUUUUGGGACACAGCUCCUUGUUUUUUGCCCCGUCCUCUCAAAGGAGUCCGAUGCCAUCUUUUCACUACAGUUGAGAGAAGCGCGGUGAAUUUCCACAAUUUGAUCCCCUCUUUGUGUUCAAACUGACGUGGAAGACUCAGUGCGUUUCUCUGCAAGCGGAUCGACUACUGGACAGGAUUUAAAACUGGCUCUAAACCUUCCGGCGUAACAUGUGUUAAAGACUUCUUUUUGAACAUGGAGGAAAGAGGGGUCAGGGGUCAUUGAGAGGUGAGGCGUUCAAUGGGAAACUUAAUCCAAACUUUUCUUUCUUGCUUCCUCUGAUCCAACAGGCUCAGAUGUAUGAUUAUGUAAUGAUUUGGGCAGUAAUAUCGUUUUGUUUUUUUUGCUCUUUAUAUUUUGUUUUCCAACAGUAGCUCGUGGAGAGCAUUCUUACAAGCUUUUCAUGCCAGUGUUCAACAUUAUUAUUAUUAUUAUUAUUAUAUUACUGAAGCUGCAUAAGAAUCUCAUGAAUACAGCAUUUGUAAACAUUGUAUAUAUUUACCCACCAUCCCUCAAAGACAUGACAGUCAAUCAGGACUCUCUUUAAUGCACUUUGAUCAAAUGUUCCUUGUGUAAAUAAGAUUGUAUACAUUUGACUUUAAAUCAAUUUUUUGCUAUGGUCUGGCAUCGUACCGGAGUUGGAGUUCAGAUGUAUUUAACUAGAAAGAAAAAGCUGGGGAAAAACAAGUUAUUUUGUAUGUUGUGCUGUUGCUGUGAACUUUUUCUAGCCUUGUACAGUGAGGGGGGGGGAUACGACUACAACUUAAAAGCUCUGUAUCUGUGAAGAAACUGAUUUGAAAAAUCACUUGAAUUAAAACUUAAUAUACAACGUUGUUCA